AUGGAAGAUAGUGGUGGAGUCUACAUGAAGAUUGCUACCAAGUUCAAGGGAAACAACUACCUUGUGUGGUCUAGGAUGGCCAGGAAUGCUAUUGGAGGCAAGGGAUUGCUCAAACAUCUCACAUCCAGUGUGAUUCCAAAGCAAGAGAUCAAAGAAAAGGAGGAAGAAGAGGACGAAAGUGAGACUGCCUAUGAUAAAUGGCAACAAGCUGAUUGUAUGGUGAUUAAUGCUCUUCUUGCCUCCUUGGAUCAGAACUUGAUGGAUGCUUAUAGCUACUGUGAUACAGCUAAAGAACUUUGGGAUACAUUGAAGCAAAUCUAUGGAAACACCUCAAAUCUCAACAGGGUCUUUGAGGUGAAGCAAGCUCUCAAUAGUCUAGUACAAGAAGAUAUGGACUUUGAGAAGCAUUUGGGCAAGUACAGAGCACUGUGGUCUAAACUAGAGAUUUUGAGGCCAAAUACCAUUGAUCCAAUGGAGCUUAACAAGAGAAGGGAGCAGGAUAAAGUCUUUGGACUGCUUCUCACUUUGAAUCCAGCAUAUGGAGGGUUCAUUCAGCACAUGUUGAGAGAUGAGACUCUACCUAACCUAGAAGAGGUGUGUGCUAGGAUCCAAAAGGAAUAUGGGAACAUGGAGCUAUUUAACAAGAAGGGAAAGGAGCUAGCUUUGGCAAAUCAAGCAGCGCAAGCUCAAGGAGAUCAGGGAGAACUUGCACAAGCUAACAAGGCCAUCCAUGCCAAGUUCAAAGAGGCCAAAGCUCACAUGGUGGAGAGUAGUGGUGGUGGUGCAAGCAAGGAACAGGCUGGAGAGAUGGAUAAUGGGAAGUCUUUGGUGGCUUAUACUGGUGGUCCUAGUUCUAGAGGCAGCACUAGUGGUGAUGAAUACUUGAAGAGAUCAGACUUGGAUGUUCUCAUCAAACUCUUCAAGGAACAUGGUAACACCCUUGCAUACUCUCAUGGAGCUUCUAUGAUUGCUAGAACUGAUAGGUUACUAGAGGACUCAUUUGACAUGUAUAAUCAUCUUAGAAAGGGUAUCUUUGAUAGGAUUGAUCAUGCAUAUGAUUCUGCCCAUGCAUAUAAGCCCUCUAGUAUACUAGCGCAUCUAGCUAACUCCACAUCUAGUUCAUAUAAGCCUCUCAUUGUUGAUUCUGCCAAUGGUGCUAAAAUUCCUAUUAAAGGAAUAGGAGAGCUCAAGCUAUUUGAUAAAGAUUCCAAAGCGCUUUAUAUGCCUGAUUUUACUUCUAAUCUUCUUUCAGUUAAGAAGUGUGCUACUGAUCUGAAUUGUAAUGUCAUUUUCAGCCCUAACAGUGUAAAAUUUCAGGAUAUUGAAAGCCAUAAGUCUAAGCAAGAAUGCAUUGUGGCAUGCUAG